AAGAGGGAGGAGUCCCCAGUGGGGAUAAAUAAGCAUUAGUGUGCUAGGGAGAACAACACACCAGGCAAGCAGCAACCCAGAACAUCAGAACUCAGCUGUCAUAGACACUGGCAGCGGCGAUCAACUCUGCAGCCUGGAGAGCAGAGAAGAUGGCCCUCCGUGUAGCUCUGGGGCUCUUGAUAGCAGGGAUCUGCCCUGUUGUCCUCUGUCAAUCAGAUGGCACAUUGGGAAAGGACACCGAAGUCCAUGAAGACCAAAAGAAUGGGACACAAAUGGACAGUCUGAUACUGGCCUCCAUCAACACUGACUUUGCCUUCAGCCUCUACAAAGAGUUGGCUUUGAAGAAUCCAAAUAAAAAUGUUGUCUUCUCCCCACUCAGCAUCUCAGCUGUUUUGGCCAUCCUGUCCCUGGGAGCAAGGAGCAAAACCCUGGAAGAGAUUCUAGGAGGUCUCAAGUUCAAUCUCACACAGACCCCCGAGGCAGACAUCCACAGGGGCUUUGGGCACCUCCUCCACAUGCUCACUCAGCCAGGAGAUCAGGUGAAUAUCAGCAUAGGCAGCAUGAUAUUUGUUGAAAAGCACCUGCAGAUCCUGGCAGAGUUCAAGGAGAAGGCAAGGGCACUGUACCAGGCUGAGGCCUCCGUGACUGACUUCCAACAGCCUCAUGAGGCCAAAAAGCUCAUCAAUGACUAUGUGAGGAAACAGACCCAGGGGAAGAUCAAGGAACUGAUCUCAGAUCUAGAUGUGAGGACAGUAAUGGUGCUGGUGAACUACAUCUACUUUAAAGGAAAAUGGAAGAUGCCCUUUGACCCUGAAGAUACUUUUGAGGCCAAGUUCUACUUGGGCAAGAGGAGGACUGUGAAGGUGCCUAUGAUGAAAAUUGAGGACUUGACUACACCCUACUUCUGGGAUGAGGAUCUGAACUGCUCUGUGGUGGAACUGAAGUACACAGGCAAUGCCAGCGCCCUGUUCAUCCUCCCUGACGAGGGCAGGAUGCAGCAGGUGGAAGCCAGCUUGCAACCAGAGACCCUGAGGAAAUGGAAGGACUCUCUGAGGCCCAGGAUGAUUGAUGAGCUCUACAUGCCCAAGUUCUCCAUCUCCAGUGACUACCGCCUGGAGAACAUCCUUCCACAACUGGGCAUCAGGAAAGUCUUUUCCACACAGGCUGAUCUGUCUGGGAUCACAGGGGCCAAGGACCUGAGUGUCUCUCAGGUGGUCCACAAAGCUGUGCUGGACGUGGCUGAGACAGGCACAGAAGCAGCUGCCGCCACAGGAGUCAAAUUGGUCUUAAUGUCUGCAAUAUUGGACCCAUUUAUUUUGAGUUUUGACAGGGCAUUCCUGAUGAUGAUCUUUGACACAAAUACUCAGAUCCCACUCUUUUUGGCCAAGAUCACAAACCCCAAGAAAGGCUAGAACUUCCCAAGUGGUAAGCCUUCUUCCUGGGAGCCAGGAAUUGAGCCUGUAUGUGGAUCUCUAUGUGCAUUUUGGUUUCCAUGCUCUGGUUGGCUGUGGCAUGCCUGGACUGGACAGUGACAGUGACUAACUGUAUGACUCAAGCAUGCACAGGGCACUGGGGACAGUCAGUGUCAGGCUCCCAGUCCUCCUGACAGCACUAGUUCAUGUUCCUGAGCCUGAAUUCUGUCUUUGUUGCCCUCCCUGCUGCCAUUCCUUUAUCUGCCUCUACCCAAAAGCCUGGGCCCUGGCAGAUAGGCUCAGUCCCUAUCUAGGCUGUGGCGAUGUCUGCCUUCAGCUUCUGCGGGCUGGAUAGGUCUAUGCAAACUUAUAGUUCAAUCAUGUGAACCUCAGUCCCAGCACCGAGAAGGACACCUGCCGCCUGGAGUCUUCUUCCAACAUCUGGGACCACUGUGUGCCCAGUUCCUGCCUCAAACUCUGCCUCUUGUGUCCCUUGCAGGGGCUCCUGACCCUGCCCACAUCUGGCACAGUGUUGGAGCCCUCUUUCCUACAACUCAUGGAGUCAGUUGGUCAGACCAGCUCCUUUCCCCCAGUACACCUACUUAGGGCACAGGAGCCUUUUUCUCGGUUCCCCACUGACCAGCCUCACACAACAGAUGGAUGCCUCCACCUUCCUCACCCAAAAUGCAGUGCUUGGAGCCAAGGAUCAAUAAACACAUAACUGCACAGAAAGUGUCCAGGCCGUGUUCACUCAGCUCCUAUUGGCAGGGGUAUGGCCUCUAGUGACCACAGAGUAGUAGAGAUUGUCACUCACAGUCUGUGACUCAUGUGUUGGACCUCUAACUUACAUGCUUAUUGCAGCUCAAAGGGCUUGGGGUCAAGGCCUAGGACCAAACCCAAAUGCCCCCUUGUGAAAAUCAGAUUUGUACCGAACUGAAGUUAUAUGAACACCCUUAUACCCAUCAGCAGAUUCGUUCACUUUCAACACAUGGCAUACAUGUGUGCACACAUAUAUGUUCAUAUAUACACAUCCGUCUGUACACACACACACACACACACACACACACACACACACACACACACACACCUCCAUAUCUUCCCCCCUCUGGAAUGUUUUGAAGUAAAUUCUACACCUUCUUGUUUUCUAAGAACUUUUCCUCUCCCCCACCAUAUAGACUCAUGUGACAUAGAAGCAGGCAUUCUGAAGUAUUCAGC